CUGACUAUCAAAAGAGCAAUUCGCGCGACACUUGGACAGCGAACACCAGCCAGGAGACUGCGCGCUGGGGAAACGCGAGCCUCAGCCUCUGCGCGUGCGCAGCGCUUCUUUUUCGCCUCCGCUCGGAAACCUCAGCUCGGAGGUCGGUGGGCCGUGGGAGGAGGCUUCUUUGUGUAGAGUGUGUCGUUUGUUGAGUCGGGUUUCCAGGGUUUCCACGCCACCUGUGAAGGUCAGCCGCGGUGGCCUACGGCUCCGCGUCUCCGCGGUCUGCGGUUGGCCGUCGCCAUGACAGCGACCGCUGGGGGCCCUGGAUCUUGGAGUGAAAAUAUACUAGAAUAUUUUCUGAGAAAUAACCUGAUCACAACAGAAGAUGGCGCUGAGAUCGUCUGGUAUCAUGCAGCUAACCACAAGGCACAACUGAAUGAGGCACUGAAAAGCACUGCUCACAUGAUAGAGGCCGAUGUCCUUCUUCCAAGUGAUGGAUCAGAAUAUAGCCAACCGAUCAUGGCCCACCCUCCUGAAACAAAUAGUGAUAAUACUUUACAGGAAUGGCUGACUGCAGUUAUAAAAAGCAAUAAAGGCAUCAAGCUGGAUUUCAAGAGUCUGGCAGCUGUAGAACCAUCCAUGAUGCUCCUGGAGAAUGUGAAGAGGCAUCUGAAACGUCCUGUGUGGAUUAAUGCUGAUAUUCUUCCGGGUCCAAAUGGAAAUAGCAGGGUAGUGGAUGCAAAACCUUUUAUAGACAUGGUAACAUCCUUCUUUCCUAAUGUGACCUUUUCUUUGGGUUGGACAACAGGAUGGCAUCCUGAGAAAGUUAAUGAAGGUUACAGCUGGACAAUGGUGAAAGAAAUGGAAUAUAUAUGUAAGGAGCUGAAGCAGCCCGUAACAUUUCCUGUCAGAGCAGCAUUAGUCAGGCAGUCCUAUUCUCAGUUACUUUGGCUGUUAAAGAAAUCAAACAGGUACAGCCUGACUAUUUGGACUGGGAAAAAUGAUAACUAUUCCAUUGAAGAUUUACUUUGCAUUAGAGACCAUUUUGACAAAAAACAAGUUUUCUAUGACAUCCUGGAACCACAAAACCAUGAAUUUAAACAAGCCAUUGGAGUCAAAGUUAAUCUCUAAGAAGAUUCUUCUAAAUUAUUUCAUGUUUUGGUUUCAUAAUCCUCUGCUUUGGUCCUAAUUAAUUACCAUAUAAAUUGUGAUGAUUGAUUUAUGCUCUAAUUCAUCUAAUAAAAAAACACUUAGUGCUUACUUUAUUAGGCCUAUAUCCUUAUGAUACUGUAUGUACUUCAAAGAUUUGGAAAGAAGAGAUUUCAGUGGGCCUGGUCUAAUAAUAAUUUAGGAAAAUUAUGCUUUAAACCCCCUUAUAAUAUGUAAUUUUGAUAUACUGAAGAUAAUUGAAAGAAUUUACAUGUCAUAACCUGUAAGCACAUUACAUGUGAUACAGAUAUAAAUCACAUUUUGGUUGGCCUUGCAUUACAGAGAUUCCACAAAUUUGUGGCACCCUCUUUCUUUUUUCCUGGAGAACUUGUUAUUUCAGAGACUAAGGAAGAGUAAGAGGGCUUUAAAAAUAUUUUAAUUUUCAUAGAGGUGAGCAGCUUUCUCAUAACAGAAUAAAAUCCAUUUACUGAAAACAAUAUAGAUUAAAUUAGAUGGAUCUAGAAUUUCCAUAUUGUUGGGGGCAUGCUGACAACUGUAUAUGUUUAUAUUCUUUGUUUCAAUCAUAGUAUUUUAUCUAUAGUAAGUACAAUACUACUGGAGAGCAGAUUUUUUUUUUUUUAAUUUUAUUUAUUUGACACAGAGAGAGAGCUAGUGAGAGCAGGAACACAAGCAGGGGGAGCAGGAGAGGAAGGAACAGGCUUCCCACCGAGCAGAGAGCCCGAUGCAGGGCUCGAUUUCAAGACCCUGGGAUCAGGACCUGAGCGAAAGGCAGACGCCCAACGACUGAGCCACCCAGGCACCCCUGGAGAGCAGAAUUUUAAUCCUAGUAACAUAUCGUUUGAUUUUCAAGUUUCUCACCAGCACCACCUUAGUUCAGGCCCUUGUUCUACUGCUAGAAUCUUAAAAAGUUCUUCAUGACUUUAUUGUUCACAUUCUACUCAGAGAUGCCCUGAGUAUUUCUGCUGAACAAAACUUUUGUAAGCACCUCUUGCCAAAUCAGAAAGCUCCAGGGGUCUCUUAAAUGCCACUUAAUUAAAUUUUACUCUUUCAAGAUCCUUCAUAGUGUAUCCCACUCUAAACAUCACCUUAGUGACCUUCAGCACAGUCAUCAUUUCAAAAAUGCCUACAACAACAAUGGUCUCCAGAUCUUUAACAGUCAAUUUUAACUAUUUGAUAUUGUUCACUAAUUAGGUCAUAAAUGUUAGUUUUAUCUGCUCAGCUAGGUUAUAUAAAGUCCUUCAUGGUAAGGGAACAUUCUUAACUGUACUUUAUAUUGUGUGCCAUAGUCUUGGGCAAGGUAUUCAGAAAAACACGUUACUUCUUUCAUUAUUGAAAAGUAACUUACCAAUGAAUGUCCUAAGAUACAUAAUUUGCCUUUGUUUGUCAACCAUUUUCUCCCAGAGAAUAGUCGUACAUAGAGAAAAGAGCUUGGGUUUUGAAUUCAGACAGUCUUCCCUUACAGCCCCACCUCUGUCCCUUCCUAGCUAUACAUUUUGGGAAAUAUUUAACCGCAUUGAAUCUUGGUUUCGUCAUCUAUAAAAUGGAGGGAAAAUGAGGAUUCUUUUAAAGAGUUGUUAUGAAUAUUGAGAUCCAUGGAAUAGAGGCAUCUAGCUCAGUGCUCAACACAUAGCAAGUACUCAACAAAGUUAGUUCCCUUCUUCUAGACUUAUCACAUGAUCAUAUCCACUGUAGAUAGAGAACAGUAAGGGGUAUAACAUGAAACAUUGUAGACAUAUAUUUAAAGAAGACAAUUAUAUUUCCACUUUAAAUUUUAGCUCCAACUAAAUGCAGUGCCAUUUGUCAAAUAACACCCAAAACUUCACUUUCUAUGGUUGUUUGCCAAAAGCAAAAGAUGCGAUUUUAUAAUUAUAAAAUUUUAAUAAUAGCAACAAAGAUUAACUCUUAAAAUUAUAGUAAAAAUUAAUGUUUACUUUAUAAAUUUUCUAAAAUGACCAU